AGGCCAGACAUGGGGACCCAAAGUCCCGAGCCAGCCGUCCUCCGGGGCCCCUUUCCUGGGACCGCACGGGGAUUGUGGGGCCCCCUCUCAUUCUCCGAAGCCACCCUUGUCCCCGAGAGCCUGGAGCCUGGGGCCUUUCGGGGCAGCCUGGUGCUUCCUGUUAGAAAUGGGGAGACCCACCCCAAGACGAGCCGGGGCAAGCACUCCACGCUGCCUGCCUCUCUGAAACCUGACACGGUCCCCACGCGGUGGCCUGGCAGAGGUGGGGGACGCCCCCAGCCUGGCCCCUGCUCCAAGUGACCCCUGCACCUGUGUUCUCAGCGGUCCACAGGGCAGGGGAGCUGACCCCCAGGGGGCUGCAGCGAAGAUUAGCAAAAGCCACACCUGGCAGUGCCUGGCACAAGUGCCCAGCGCAUAGUAGGUGACCGGUAAAGGCCACCGCUCGCCAGCCAGAAUGUGUCGUGGCUUCUGCGGGCUGCUUGGGGGAGGCAGUGGGAAGUGGCUAUCUCAGCGUGGGUGGGGGGAGAGGAAGGCGCCUGAAAAGACAUUUCAAACCCCAGGUCCUGAGGAUGCUCCCAGCCUGCAAGGUCACGGUUCCUGGUGCCGACCCCAUUACCUGCUGGCCAGGGGAGGGGGGUGGGAGGAGGGGCACUGACCAAGGAGAACCAGAAGAUUCCUGGAAAGUCAUUUCUCUGACAAGCCCAGAAGGGCACUCCCCCCCCCCCCCCAACGCAGUCAGACUCCAGCGGAAGCCAGGAGUGGCUCUUCACGCCUCCCCCCAACACCGCCCCCACCAGGCCUGGUCAGGAGUCAGCAUGGUGGCCAAGAGCCCAGACCUGGAUCCAUCCCACCCUCGGGUAUCUCACACGCUAAGGGACCCCGGGGUCCUGGUUUCUUUGUGAAAUGAAUCCGUUGUUUCCACGCAAUCAGCAAGUCCACAGUGCGCCUGCUGCUGCCGGGCCCGGUGCUAGGCACUCAGAUGAGCCCAGAUUUGCACCUACAACUGUUUGCAAUGCACAGGACUCCCCACCACCAGUGAGGACACAUCCGCGGGCAGGGUCACUUCUCUGCAAGCAGAAAGCAACAGGAGGCGCCGGGGUGCAGUCACAGGCGCUGGGGCAGGCACCAUGGCCGUGGACGUGGCUGAGUACCACCUGAGUGUCAUCAAGAGCCCGCCCGGCUGGGAGGUGGGCGUCUACGCCGCGGGGGCGCUGGCCCUGCUGGGAAUCGCCGCCGUGAGCCUGUGGCGGCUCUGGACGUCCGGCAGCUUUCCCAGCCCCUCGCCGUUCCCCAACUAUGACUACCGCUACCUGCAGCAGAAGUACGGCGAGGCCUCCGCAGAGGCCAGGCGCAAGAGGAUGCCCUCCUGGAACGGCCAGCGGCCCGGCACGCGGGGCCCGCCCAGCCGCAAGGACAGCCUGAGCCUGGAGGACACCUUGGAGAGCGUGAGCGAGCUGGGGCCCCUGGAGCUGAUGGGCCGCGAGCUGGACCUGGCGCCCUACGGGCCGCUGCGCAAGUCCCAGUCGGCUGACUCCCUCAACUCCAUCUCCUCCGUGAGCAACACGUUCGGGCAGGACUUCACCCUAGGCCAGGUGGAGGUGAGCAUGGACUACGCCGCCGCGUCCCACACCCUCCACGUGGCCGUGCUGCAGGGCAGGGACCUGCUGGAGCGUGAGGAAGCCAGCUUCGAGUCCUGCUUCAUGCGUGUGAGCCUGCUGCCGGACGAGCAGAUCGUGGGCAUCUCCCGGCUCCAGCGGAACGCCUACUCCAUCUUCUUCGACGAGAAGUUCUCGGUGCCGCUGGAGCCCGCCGCCCUGGAGGAGAAGAGCCUGCGGUUCUCCGUGUUCGGCAUCGACGAGGACGAGCGCAACGUGAGCACGGGCGUGGUGGAGCUGAAGCUGUCCGUGCUCGACCUCCCGCUGCAGCCCUUCAGCGGCUGGCUGUACCUGCAGGACCAGAACAAGGUCCCUGACGCUGUGGGGGAGAUCCUUCUGUCCCUCAGCUACCUCCCCACAGCCGAACGGCUCACUGUGGUCGUGGUAAAGGCCAAGAACCUCGUCUGGACCAACGACAAGACCACAGCGGACCCCUUCGUCAAAGUGUACCUGCUGCAGGAUGGGAGGAAGAUGAGCAAAAAGAAGACGGCGGUGAAGAGGGACGACCCCAACCCUGUGUUCAACGAAGCCAUGAUCUUCUCUGUGCCGGCCCUGGUGCUCCAGGACCUGUCUCUCCGCGUGACGGUGGCUGAGAGCAGCAGCGACGGUCGUGGGGACAACGUGGGCCAUGUCAUCAUCGGGCCCUCGGCCAGUGGCAUGGGCACCACACACUGGAACCAGAUGCUGGCCACGCUGCGCAAGCCCGUGUCCAUGUGGCAUGCUGUCCGGCGAAACUAGCAGCCGGGGCGGCCCAGGCACCCCCGCCAGAGCCCAGCGGGAGCCACGAACGCUGGGCUCCCCCUGUGGAGUCCCCCUCUGCCCAGACUGCAGCAAAGGGCAGACAUGGUUCUGUGUCCAGGGGCCUGGGGCUUUCUGCCAUGGAGGACCGGGGGUGGCUGGGUCAGGACCGGGCAGGGCAGCGAGGGGGGCGCUGGCCACUGAGCAAGCGCCAUCUCCAAUCCUCUUCCUGUCCGAACCUCACCUGAGAGGGGCCCUGGGCUCCCACAGCCAGCGACCUCCGCCCCACACCUCCCAGGACCCAGCAAGGCUUCGGGGCCGGCACCCAGCUGGGCACCGGCAGGGGUGACAGGAACAGGAAGAUGAGCUCCGCCUGCCCCCGGGGCUCGGCCGUGUUGGUUUUGGGGUCUCUGGGGGCUGGGGGAGGGGCUGAGAGUGUCCCGACGGGGGUACCAGCCUGAGCCAGGGCACGAGGCCAGGCCAUGCAGAACCCUGCAGGCCGUGGAGCACUGGGCCCCGAGUUCUCUACGUCUGCUCUCGUGAGCCUCAGCCGCUGUGAGAACCAGAAGGUCAAAGAGGUGCAGGCCGUGCGCCAAGCACCUGCUGGGAAAAGAGAAGCCUGG